GCAUGUGUUAGGUAAUAUAAAUCACUUUUUUCUUUGCUCACUUCAACGGAUGUGUUAAUUCUUGAAAGGUUUUAGUGGAAUCAAAAAUAUCAUGAAAUCGGACAUUACUAUACCCAUAGUGGCCGAAGAUGGCGACUGCAGCGAGAGUAAGCGAGUAAGAGUUACUGAUGAUCCGGGAUUAACCGUCGGUGGCGAGGACAGACCUGUGAAGCUACCAAAGAUCCAAGAUAACGGAGAUGUUGGGACAUCAGGAGGAGGAACACACGUUGUUGUCGAUGCACUUAUGGCCGACGUGGCGAUCAACGAUAAAGACGGGAAAACAAACGCCGGACAUGGAGUAGUCUCAGUCAUGGGACGGCAGAGAGCUAUGACAACCGCUGUUUCCACCGUCGUCGACGAGAUACCGUCUUACGACAUUUUCGGAAUCUUUGACGGUCUUAGGCUGGCUAAAUUCUUCGAGGACAGGCUGCGUCGGCUCGUGAAGGAGGAGGUGAAAGCAUGCCACGGCCGUGGAGUGGCCGCGGACUGGAACAAAGUUAUGAGAUCUUGUUUUUCCGAGACGGUGGGGACAGUUGGAACCACCGCGGGAGAAGCGGUGGUUACAAUUGUAGGAAAAGAUGAGGUGAUUGUGCUCUGCCGCGGUGGCGCAAGGGUGGUUCUUUACUCUCACGGCGGAGUAGCUUUGCCUCUUUGCCAUAUUCAUCAUCACAAGAAUGGUGUGGAUCAAAUCUUGAAGAUACAUAAACGAAAAAAGAUAGACGAUUUCAUAGUACUUGCAUGUGAAGGCCUUUGGGACGUUGUCUCCGACAGUGACACAUAUCAGCUUGUCAAACGUUGUCUCUACGGCAAAGUACCAGACGGAUGUGAAAGUGAAUCAAGCACGACGAAGGCAGCAGUGAUACUAGCAGAGCUUGCAAUUGCUAGGGGAAGCAAAGAAAACAUAAAUGUUAUCGUUAUUGAUCUCAGAAGCUCCAAAGUUUCCUAGUUUUUUUUUUUCUUCUUAGUUCACGAUUCUAAAUUAUUAUUAUUAUUACUAGUUUUGUCUUUCAAUUAAAUUUUUCGAUUUUAACCUCUUUUCUAUCAUUUGUUUCUUUUUUUUUUUUGUGUUAUUCGAUUAGUUUUUUUUUUUUGGUUUUUUUUCUUUCUGUAGUUUUUCACUUUUUUUUUAAUAUGAAAUUUGCUUGAGAGUUUGUUUCUCACAGUA